AUGGUCCAACUUUCAUGUGGGGUUCAAUGUACACGUGCAGCAUUAUUUGCAUUAAAUAUCAUAUUUCUUCUUGUUGGUUUUUCUGUAAUGGGUUUAGGUAUCUAUGUUAAAGUCAAUGGAAAUUUUAUUGCUAUCUCUGAAAUUUAUGGUGUAUCAGAAGCACUUGGACGAGAAGCGAUGCAAUGGAUUGGAGUAGGCAUGAUCACUGUUGGUAUAUUGACUGCAUGUUUAGCUGCAUUUGGUUGUUUAGGUAUGUUAAAUAAAAAAAUUGGUGACUAUAAAUAUCUAUCCUAUAUUUAUUUAGGUGCUGUUUUAAAAAAUCGAGGUUUGCUGUAUGCAUAUUCAGUUAUUUUGUUACUUAUUAUAUUCUUUGAAUUUGCUGCUGUAAUUGUAACAUUAGUAUUUCGUAAUGAUUUAUGGAAAACAUAUGAUUCUGGUUUUAUGGAAGUAUUUCAUCAUGCUUAUAGUCAAAAUCAAACAGAAACUAUUAAAAUUAUUGAAAAUUUAGAACGCAAGUUUAAAUGUUGUGGUGUUGAUGGUGCUUCCGAUUAUGCAAGAUAUGGCUAUAAAAUUCCUUCAUCAUGUUAUAUGGAUGAAUCAACCAAACGAAUUCUCUAUAGUCAAGGUUGUGCUGAAGCUGUUGCUAUUUGGGUAUGGAAUAAAUUACCAAUUAUAGCUGGAGUGUUAGGAGCCAUUUUAUUUAUUGAAUUAUUUGGUGUCAUUUCAUCAAUUGUACUUGGUGUAGCCAUAUCUCAUUCAUCCGAUCCCACAUACUAUGUUAAAUUUGACAACUAA